GUCUUCUUCAAGAUGGAUCCACAAAUAGAACAUGCAUUAAUCAACAAAUAUCUCGAAUUCAAAAGCACUAGCUUGAAAAUUGGACUUGAAGAAGCACUGGUUCAGUACAAAACAGUUGGACAAUACGAUUGGAAAUUGUAAUCGAGUUGAUCUUUUCGAGCAUGUUUACUGAUCUCAUGUUAGUGAAGUCUUGUGUGAACUUGAAUUUAUCCAGUCUCAAGUCAACCAUGAACCUACUGAUCAUGCUAAUAAAAAGAUUCGUUCCCUUAUUCGAUUAUUGGGGAACGAAGCAUUUGUUAAGGAGCAUGGUGUUUUACUGGCAGAAGUCAUUCAACUCUAUGAUCAGAUCGAAUUUGAGCAGGGCAAUACAAUGGCAUUAAAGCACAUAUCAGAAGGUCUUGUUCAUUUAUCUACUCGGUGCGACAUAAUCAAACUCUUAGUAGCAGAGAAUGAACCCAUGUAUUGCAACGUGAUAGAGCAAUUAAUGCAUUGUGUUCAUAGAAUGGAUACAAGAUAUUCUAUGCAAAUUAGUGAAAUGAUCUAUAAAGCAAUUGAAAAAUACCCUCAAGAUGCACCUAUGGUUCGAUUCAAAUUAGUGGAAAUGCAGAUAUUGCCUGAUCUUGUCACUCGACUCACUGCCACUUACUGUAAAGACACGGUUGAGUUUUUAAAUGGUGUCUUUACAGGCAAAUCGACUUGGUUUUUAGCUCAAUCUCCCAACAGUGGACAAUACUUUAUGAAGAUGAAACAGCGCAUCAUUCAAGAAAUGGAUACUUACGCUUUGCAUGAAAAAGAUAUCGUUGGUUUGUCUAGUCAUAUUCGAGCAUUGGCUGGUAUUAUUGGAUUUUUUGGUAUCAAGCUUGUAGAUUCAGAAAUUAGCUUAUGCCUUAAACUACUUAGUCAAACACAAGUAGAGAGAAUUGUGUGUCUAUUGCUUGUGUUGGUCUUGUUGUCUGCAGAUCAAUUUCUUCGAAAACAGACUGAACUUGCCAAAGUGUUGAAUGGACUAUUACAGUCUGGUAUAUCAGAACUACCUUUGUUGAUCUUGGUUUAUUUUCAAACAGAUGCUAUUUCACAGAUAGAAGAUAGUGUUCGAACUGUCUUAACCAUGAAAGUGCCUAUACCAAGAUUGGGUUUGUUUGAAAUACAAAAGCUUUUUAGAUCGCUUAAAACAACACCAACUACUGUUCAUACACUAUAGAAUAUACAUGUAUAUUUCAGAGAGAUAAGCAAUUCUUUUUUUCAUCUUUUUGCAUUUUUUAUGGGUAUCAAUUAGUCCAAAAUACUGAUAUUCUUUAGAAUAUUGAGUUAUAUCUUUUAUACAUAUAAUUACAAUGUAUAAUGAACUUUGAAGUCGACAUUUUUGUCUUAGAGAAUUCGUUUUGUUUCUAUCAGAAGUAUCUAGAGAUGAUCUCACCUCAUUUCAGUUGAAUCAGACCUACAUUGAGUCAUUUUAAAAAUUCUCGAUGAACUUUUUUUUUUCAUCUUCGCGAGCUCUCGUGGCUCCCGCAUAGGUUCAAAAUAACGUGUUUUAAAUAAAAAAGAGGUCAUUUUAGUAGUCUAGCUG